GACGCACCGGCAACAGCCAGCCAAUCAGAAUCCCCCUCAGUGUUUUUGCCUGCUCUCCGGCUGAACGGUUUUCAGUGAGAACAUCACAACCUGUCUUCCUCAUCAUGGCUUCUGGAGCUUUGUUCCCCAGCAUGGUGUCUGGGUCCCGCGGCUCCUCCAGCAAGUACCUGGUGGAGUUCCGGGCCGGUAAGAUGACCAUGAAGGGUAGCACGGUGACCCCUGACAAGCGCAAAGGUCAGGUCUACAUCCAGCAGACUGACGACUCCCUCAUCCACUUCUGCUGGAAGGAUCGGACGACCGGGAACGUGGAUGAUGACCUGAUCAUCUUUCCUGAUGACUGUGAGUUCAAACGGGUGAACCAGUGCACCACCGGACGAGUCUAUGUGCUGAAGUUCAAAGCUGGCUCCAAAAGACUCUUCUUCUGGAUGCAGGAGCCAAAAACCGACAAAGACGAGGAGCACUGCCGUAAAGUGAAUGAGUAUCUCAACAACCCGCCCAUGCCCGGUGCCCUUGGUAGCGGUGGCAGCGGAGGACAUGAUCUGUCCGCCCUGGGAGGCGAGGGCGGUCUGCAGAGCCUUCUGGGUAACAUGAGCCACAACCAGCUCAUGCAGCUCAUUGGACCAACUGGACUCGGGGGAAUCGGUGGUCUCGGGGCUCUGGCAGGUCCAGGAUUGGCUAACCUCCUGGGCAGCAGCAGCAGCAACGUUCCUGCAGCCAGUAACUCCUCCACAAGUCCGUCCACAGCUGUCACCCCUACCUCCACCUCUACUGCCAGUCGCCUUGGCUCCACCCAGGUGCCUACCACUCCCAUCACUCCCUCCGCCACCUCGGCAGCCUCCCCGACAGCCACCACCCCCUCCACCCCUGCUGUGACCACUGCAGCGGCGGCGGGGGCAGCCAACCCCACGCAGCCCAUCCAGCUGAGAGACCUGCAGAGCAUCCUGGCCACCAUGAACGUGCCCGCCAGCGGUCAGGGAGUGGACCUUGCCAGCGUCCUGACACCUGAGAUCAUGGCUCCCAUCCUUGUCAACCCUGAGGUGCAGCAGAGGUUGAUGCCUUAUCUGCCCUCUGGAGAGUCCCUGCCGCAGAGCACAGAGGAGCUGCACAACACGCUCAGCUCGCCUCAGUUUCAGCAGGCUAUGAGCAUGUUCAGCAGCGCCCUGGCAUCCGGGCAGUUAGGGCCUUUAAUGAACCAGUUUGGUUUGCCGGCAGAGGCUGUGGACGCAGCUAACAAAGGAGAUGUCGAGGCUUUUGCCAAAGCCAUGGAGACGGAGACAAAGUCGGACCAGGAAGGAGACUCCAAAGACAAGAAAGACGACGAUGAAGACAUGAGUCUGGACUAAGAACUCUUAAAGUUUGUUAUUUAAGGUAUUUAUUUAGCUGCUGUUGCUGUUUUGUAACUAUUAAACAUUAAGGAUAAAGAUUAUGGUUAAUAUAAUAACUGUCACUAAGACUCCCCUCCCUCGCUGAUUGUGCCGUGUUCAUCCUCCAACAGUGUGUUGAAUUUAAACUAAUUGAACAUGUAUUCUAUCUGCAUGUCAGCUACUAGUCUGAGCUGUCCUAGCUGAAAGGGAACAGUAAAACGAUGAGAAACA